AUGGCUCACCGCUCCAAAGGCGGCUCGACAAAAGCUGUGAUCCUCGUUGGCGGCCCCUCGCGCGGUACUCGCUUUCGCCCUCUCUCCCUCGACGUACCAAAACCUCUCUUCGAAGUCGCCGGUCACCCCAUCAUCUGGCACUGUCUCGCUGCCGUUGCGGCUGUUGGUUCCAUUCAAGACGUCAACAUCAUCGGGUACUAUGACGAGACUGUUUUUCGGGAUUUCAUCAAGGAUGCGACCAAGGAGUUCCCUAACCUCUCUUCGAUCAAGUACCUCCGCGAAUACGAGGCUCUCGGCACCGCUGGCGGCCUGUACCACUUUCGCGAUGCGAUCCUCAAGGGGCGCCCAGACCGUCUCUUUGUCCUCAAUGCCGACGUUUGCUGCAGCUUUCCCCUGGGCGAGAUGCUCAAGCUCUUUGACGACAAGGACGCAGAGGCAGUCAUCUUGGGCACGCGCGUAAGCGACGAUGCUGCCACAAACUUUGGUUGCAUCGUCUCGGAUGCGCACACUCGUCGCGUCCUGCAUUACGUCGAGAAGCCCGAGUCCCGCAUCAGCAACCUGAUCAACUGCGGUGUCUACCUGUUUGCCACCGAGGCCAUCUUUCCCAGCAUCAAGUCUGCAAUCAAGCGUCGUACCGACCGCCCCGCCCGCCUUGUUUCCUACCCUUCUUCCGACAACCUUGAGACCUUCCACCCUGCUUCGUCGGGGCUUAACGACGACGACGACGAGGAGCGCAAGAACCAGGUGAUUCGCCUGGAGCAGGAUAUCCUGGGUGACAUGGCCGACAGCAAGCAGUUCUUCGUCUACGAGACCAAAGACUUUUGGCGACAGAUCAAGACCGCUGGCUCGGCCGUGCCGGCAAACGCACUGUACCUGCAACGCGCAUGGCAAGCUGGCAGCGAGGAACUGGCUCAGCCGAGUGCCAACCUCGUCGCGCCUGUCUUCAUCCACCCAACUGCCGAGAUCCACCCCACCGCCAAGCUAGGGCCCAACGUGUCCAUCGGGCCUCGCGCGGUCAUCGGGGCCGGUGCGCGCGUGAAGGAGUCGAUUGUUCUCGAGGAUUGCGAGGUCAAGCACGAUGCAUGCGUCUUGUACUCCAUCAUUGGCUGGGGUAGCCGCGUCGGGGCAUGGGCGCGCGUGGAGGGAACCCCUACUCCUGUGGGGAGCCACUCGACGAGCAUUAUCAAGAACGGCGUCAAAGUACAGAGCAUCACGAUCUUGGGGAAGGACUGCGGCGUUGGCGACGAGGUGCGCGUGCAGAAUUGUGUCUGCUUGCCAUACAAAGAGCUGAAGCGGGACGUUGCCAACGAAGUAAUCAUGUGA